AUGGAAGAGUAUGAGAUGGAAACAUUUCCGUUGGAGUCGGUUACGAGGUCGCAACUACAGCGACUGGGCCAAGCUCUGUGGGAUUGGAAACUUUGCGUUGACAAUGAAAAUAAGAAUUCUAGGCCCGAGAUGACGAAGUUUGAACCCUAUUUUCAGUACUAUAGAGAGAUGACGGCGUCGUACGUCUCUGAUGCUUUCCCACCGGAUGAGGUUCAAGCUUUACGAUCGCACGAUGAUCUGCAUGAGAUUAUUAUGUUGAUCAAAUCUAAACCAGAGGUUCGGAGAACUGAAUUGACAGAAGAGUACUUUUCAUGUCGGCAAGGAGGCAAUUUCACUAUUCCAGAGGACGAGAAGCAAGCCUUCAAUCUUGCCAUCAAGGCUAUUCUGAUGAUUAGCUGCUCGUACGAGAGACAAACUGGAAAUAUCGAGUCAAGCAUCUGGAAGAACGACCAGUCCGCGCGAGACUUUGUCUCAGCUACGUUCUCAGCCAGAGGUCACCCGGAUCUCAAUGAGCCUGACGAGUCCUUGCCCAGUAUCAAGUCAUCACUGAGAGCAACAAGGCUCAAGAAAGUCGCUGGACUGUCUCUUCAAGGCACAGACAACCUUCGGAAUCAUCUUCGGAUGGAUCGCAAGACUGGAGUCGUCGAGCUCUUUCACCACACUGCCUUCUUGAAGGAGUGCCUGAAAGCCUCAAAGGAUACCAAGGAGGAACCUAUCCUGCCACGGCAGCUAGCCCUGGAAACAUUAGACUCUCUCCAGAAUAUUCUAUUCGACCUAGACAAGGAAUCACGGACUCUACUACGCUCUUUAGUAUCAAAGGCUUCCUUCGACCCCGACUGUCUAAGUCUUGGGUACCAGCCAUACCUUCGAGAAUCCGAGAAGGAUAUCAAGUACCAUUACUGGGGUUCUCGCCUAAUGGAUUUAUACGACGAACUCGAGAACCCUAGACCCCGAAGACCUAUUUAUGUCUGGUUGGAACGGCGGAGUCAAGCAAGGCAUGUGAUGCUGGCGACACUUAUUGGGGUAUUCAUCGCGAUCAUUAUUGGGAUAUUGGGGCUGGUCGUCGGUAUUUUCCAGGCUUGGGUAUCAUAUCAAGCAUGGAAACACCCCGUGCAGGCCUAA